CACGUAAACAAAGUUGCAGUUAUAAGUAUUUAAUUCAUGGCUUCUGCAGCCUUAAUCCGGACGACAAGAAUCGACGUCGUAGCACGCACCUCAUUUUGAUUUGCUCCGCUUACAGAAAUUCUCUCCUUUUUGUCAAUCCCUAUUCUUCUUCCACAUUUCUCUCCUUGAUUCGCAUCUCUCCUCGAUAAUUUCCUUGCACUAUUUUUGGGAUUUUCUUCAAGACAAAGAAAAAAAGAGAAAAAAAAGAAAAAAAAAACUGAAAAACAGGAGCUGAAUACCGAUUGCGAUGCAAAGGGCUGUUGACAAUGUUAUUGCUGUAACCAAAGAGUCGGUAAAGACGUUCACCUAUGAGUCUCUGCACAAUAUUGUAAGAUUGAUAAAUGGAGUGUCAGCAUUAUUAUUGUCUAUUUUGCCUGGGAAGGCUUCUAUUCUUGAAGGCAUUCAUGGUUGGGAGCUUAGGCCAACUUUCCGUGGACCUCGACUUCCUCGUUGGAUGGAGAAUGGCGUAUCGUCUUUCAAUCAGUUCAUUCAUGAGUUUUCUGUUGAUUCUGACACGUCCUCAAGUGUGGAUUAUUCAUCUGAUGGAGAAGAUUGUGAUAUUUAUCCUCCAUCUCCUCUAUCACAAAGUUCCCGAUUCUCACGAGAAAGCAAUUUUACGAAGCAGAAUAGAAGCUGGAUAUGGUGGAUAAGAUGUAUAAUCUCAUGGGUUUUGUUUCCCAUGAAAUUACUUUUUGGCCUUCCACUUUAUGUCAUUAAUUCAGCUUUUCCUACUUCUAAAGCCCCUGUGAGGUCAGGAAACUAUCCUUCAAUUGCACAAUCUCCUAGAAGACUGCAAACUCUCAAGGAUCAUUUUGUUCAACGGACCACUGAUCGCAGACGUGGCGUUGUUGAGGAUCUCCACCUAGCAAUUGAGUUCUUCAUAGAAUCUGCAUUUGAUGUUGUCCACAAGGCGGCCCAUGGUGUUCUAUCUCCAGCAGAUACCUUGAGAAGUGUAUGCCAGUGGUUCUGUUCCAAACUCGGUUUUCGCAAAGACAUUCCUUCUGAGGAAUUUGUCGCUUCUUGCCCCACUACUGUUCUGUCAGAUAAGGAUCCAGCUCCUUCAGAAAGGAAAACUUCUUUCAACCUCAAUACAGAUGCCAGGACAUGUCAAGAUGUCAUAACGGAGCUUGGGUAUCCUUAUGAAGCUAUCCGCGUGGUUACAGCUGAUGGCUACGUACUUCUUCUGGAAAGAAUUCCAAGGAGAGAUUCACGGAAAGUUGUUUAUCUGCAGCAUGGAAUAUUAGAUUCAUCUAUGGGUUGGGUGUCAAAUGGGGUUGUCGGUUCUCCUGCUUUUGCAGCCUUUGAUCAAGGUUAUGAUGUUUUUCUUGGGAACUUUCGGGGACUGGUUUCAAGAGAACAUAUCAACAAGAACAUCUCAUCAAGGCAAUAUUGGAAAUACUCGAUCAAUGAGCAUGGGACUCAAGAUAUACCAGCAAUGGUGGAGAAGAUACACGACAUUAAGAUUUCUGAAUUGAAGUCUAACCAAUCUGACCCUGACACCGAUCAACCUUACAAACUUUGUGCAAUUUGUCACAGCCUGGGAGGAGCUGCCAUUUUGAUGUACACUAUAACUCGUCGGAUAGAGGAAAAGCCCCAUAGACUGUCCAGAAUGAUCCUACUCUCACCAGCUGGCUUUCACCAUGAUUCUACCGUCGUAUUCACAGUAUCAGAGUUCCUAUUUUUUCUGGUUGCUCCUCUCUUAGCACCUUUCUUGCCAGCCUUCUACAUUCCCACUAGGUUUUUCCGUAUGCUGCUAAAUAAGUUGGCUCGAGACUUCCACAACUUACCAGCAGUCGGGGGACUGGUACAGACCCUCAUGAGUUAUGUCGUAGGUGGGGACAGCUCAAACUGGGUUGGGGUCUUAGGUCUACCUCACUACAACAUGAACGACAUGCCAGGCGUUGCGUUCAGGGUGGCACUGCAUCUGGCGCAGAUGAAGCGCUCAAAGAAGUUUGUAAUGUUCGAUUAUGGCAGUCGAUCUGCGAAUAUGGAGGCCUACGGAUCCCCAGAGCCGUUGGACCUGGGGCAGUACUACAGCUUCAUCGACAUCCCCGUCGAUCUUGUCGCCGGAAGGAAGGACAGGGUGAUCAAGCCAUCCAUGGUGAGGAACCACUACAAAGUGAUGAAGGAUGCAGGAGUGGAGGUCUCCUUCAGUGAGUUCGAGUAUGCCCACUUGGACUUCACGUUCUCGCACCGUGAAGAGCUCCUAUCCUAUGUGAUGUCACGUCUGCUACUGGUGGGCCCACCCUCGAAGCAGAUGCACAGGUCUAAGUCCGUCAAGGUGAAGAGAAAAGAUCUGCAGGUGAAAACAGGUAAAAUGAACAUGUGAGAGCUGGUUUUUUAAGCGGCGCUUUUUUGAUGUUUUUUAGCUCGUUAUAGGAGAUGUUCAACCUGUAUAUGUACAUACAUAGGAAGAGAGAGUGCUUGGUGUUAGUGAAAUACUGCCAUUUUAGGUCUCAGUUUCCCCUUCUCUACUUUUUUUCUGGGAUUAGAAGACUAGAGACGUGGGUGUGGAGCUAAUAGCAAGCACCUCUAGUUUGUGUAUUAUGUGAAGUGUGUUGUAUGUAACUUUAAACCUCAUAAUAUUCAUGAGAUGAUGUUGAAGUUAUGUUAUUAUACGAGUAUAUUAUAAGAUUUGUGUUCUUCAA